GGUGUGGACCACCAGUCGGCUUGCCUGUGCCGGCCACUCUUGGGAGACCGUACUCCCAUUGUUGUUGACUUGCAUUGAUCUUUAUAUGUCUGCCUCAGCACUACACAGUCGCUGCAUUGAGACGACUCACGCUCAAGCACAAGCCCAAUGGCAACAUCGGAGGCACCACCGCAACAGCAGGCAGCUGGUCUGUCUCGCUGGGUGCCAAGUCUGCCAACCAUCGAUCUGAACGCUCUUAAUCCCUUCGCAACAACGAGCGAUCCUUCCAAACAUACCGCAGAUGCAAAUGCAAGCCAACAGGCUCCCGACCAGUCGGCGGCCGUCUCAGCGAACAGACGAUCAUUCCUUUCCACUCUCUCUAUACUUGGCAGUACUCAAACUCCGGCCGCUCUUGCGACCUCUCGUGACCCAUCCCCAACACCAAGCAGUGCCAUGUUCGCGGAGCCGGAGACGAGAAGCACCAGCGAGGACGGCGAGUCUAGGGAGGGCAGCAUUACCGACAGCAACAAGCGCUCGAAGAAGAAGUGCAGCAGGUCAAAGACAUGCUUCUCCGUCUGCCAUCCUGCUCCUACCAAUACGGUGAAACAGAGGCUGCACCGUCGGCCGAGGAGCCUACUGCAGCUCCACAAGCUUUGUCCGAGUGCCCGACCCAAGCCUGCCUUUGAGGCCAUUCCAGCUGCCAACUUCAAUCCUCGCUUGACGAAAGCUAUUACACGAGUUUUCAAGGCUAAGCAUGGCUUGUGCCCCAAUGACCUGGUUGUCCUUAAAGCGGAGAACUAUGCCGUCGUAGACGAUGAUGAAGACGAAGGUCAAGAAGAGCAAGAUGUCAUCGGCCUGAUCUGUAAGGGGCGCAAGCAGGACGAGGCUGCAGCCAAAGAGGGCAAGGCCAAGAUAUGCAUGGCUUCGGGUGCCGAAUGGGAAGCAUAUCCGCUGGUGAGCGGCGGGUAUGAGUUCUUCACCACGGACGAGCAUGGUCUUGGACUUACAGUCAGAUGGGUGCCGAAGAAGGUGAAGGACCGCGACGGCACCAAGACGAUGCGAGAAGGCAGCAAGCGCUUCAACUUCAGCACCAUAAGCCCGACCAGCCGUCGUCAUCCCGUCAUUGCAUGUCUGAGCAAGACUGCUCUGGAGAUCAACGACAGCUACAAGAUGCCGGAUGCAGCAGCGGCCACGCCGUUAUCCACUCCCAAGCAAGCAGGCCGGUCUGCACUCGCAGAAGCUAUGGAGGAUGAGACGGUUGGCAAAGAGCAAUUCGAAACCGACGAUGCUCUGCGUGAAAUCAUCACCAUGACCGCCAUCUGGGUUACGUUCAAAGAAGGCUGGUCACCAAGCUUCAAAUACGACGAUCCUCCUUCCGCAGCUCAAAGAGUGGCAUCCGUAAUGAGCGCAUCACCCUCCAAAUCCGUCGCCUCACCUCUGACGACCCCACCCGCCUCACCAGCCCCAACCCAAGCCCCUCUCGAAAAACGCGGGAGCAUGAAAUCCAUGACCUCCACCAUCCUCCGCAAAAGCAGUCUCCGAAACAAAAGCAACCGUGCCUCCCAAAUCUCCGUACCGGAAGAAGAUGAAUCGAACAUUGGCCUCUCACAUCUCGAAAACGUGAAAUCCAACCGCUCCCGAGCCGACUCGACCUCAACCGUCCUCGUCCACCGCGCGGCUAGCAAUCGUCGUAAGAACAACACUAAUCAACAAGCUACCUGGCGUCCGGACUUGCUUUCCGCACAACAGCAUAAUGUCAUCAGAGAAACGAGCCGCGAGAACGUCAAUAGUGCCCACCCGGCGUCAACUGUCCAGCAACAACCGGACAGCGUCUGGGACUCUCCCUCCCCGACUCCUCAUCAGCGACGGCGUACGAGUGUGGUAGCCGAACGGCUUUCUCCGCCUGCUCCAACUGGGAUGGGAAUGGAGAGUGACGAUGAGACCGAGAAUGAUGGUCCAGCCGCCGAGACGGAGACCGAGACUUCGCCAGCGGCUCAGCCGAAGCUGGGGGCCAAGGCGGGCAGCACGAACACGAACACGAGGCAGAAGGGGAAGAAGAGGGGUUGGCGGAAGUUGUUUUGUGGGAUUGGGACGCAUUGAGGCUUUUCAGCGCUCUCCUGGAGGUGUAUGGUUGGGUUGGUGGACACUGUUGUAUGAUUAAGUGAUGGUCCCGAUUGAGAGGUUGGAGGUAGAUGACAUCGUUUACAUAUCGAUAUGAUACCAUAGGCUA